AUGGCCAUAAGAUUAGUUCGAUCGGUCUCCACUGGCUUUUUGCAUGGAUUGAUUGGUUAGUGCGAAGCAGAGUCACCCCGACGAGCUUCUCUCUCUCACGUCUCAUGGUUAACCUUUCAGCAGAUUGCGUCUAGAUUCAUGGCCUCUUUUCCCCGCCCCUUGGCGAGUUCCGACACCCGCUAGGCGACAAAAUAGGAGGCGGCGACGAGGUUUGGAUCGAUGGCGGUGACGGCGAUCGUCUGGGUGGCGGCGGCGGCGGCGGCGGCGGCGGCGGCGGCGUCGUCGUCGUCGUAGCUCGAGACCCCUGA